CCCGCGCUUAGAUAUGACCAUAACAAAUUGAUUUGGGAUAUAUGGCAAAAUAUUUUAACAGCUGUUUCAAUAAAAAGCCCUGGUCUUUCUAUUUGGUUUAUGUUUUCCUACUUUCUCUCUACCGUCUGAGAAUUGCUCUGCUAAUCAGUUUCUCUCUUUUGAGACCGCUGUCUUCAUGAGAUCUUGACCGCAGAGCAACAAUUAGGAAAGAUGCAGUCAGAAGAUGAAUUAAUUAAACUCAUGCACAGCUGAAACCCUUUUUCUUUUAUCCUUUUCUUUUGAUUUCCAGAAAAAUUAUAAAAUUAUAAGUGAAAAAUUACUAUUGAGAACAAAAAAAAGGGGGGGAUUUCUGAAUUACCAGGCAAUUUCCCAAUUGGGAUGGCGGCUAGAGGGGCACCUUCAGAGCUGAAAGACUUCCAGAUUAGCUGCUCUUGGAUCCCCACAGCCCCCGCUAUGCCCAAUUCAACCUCACAGCACCCGAUCUGCAAAAAUUGGCAACCCAACGAGCCAGCUCAGCCAAAUUGGGCCGGGUCAGGCCAAUUCAGUCAAUUUGGCCCGGCUUCCCGAGCGAAUUUGCAUGAAGCUGGAAAUUUAUCAACAGAUUACGCGCAAAUGACACAAUGCCAGACAACACAGUCGUGUUACAUACCAAUGGGUCAAUGUACAGAUCCGAUUGGCAAAAGCAGAUAUCCUAGUAAUUGGCCACCAGUUGCUGAUUUUUCAGUGCUCGAGGAAAAUCUGUCAAAUUUCGACACCUGGCAGACCAGCGUGACGGCCAAUUCUCAUGUCUAUGGAGAUUGUUCACGAAAGCCUGAGUUGGUUGGGACAAAAGGCACGGACAAAUUGGGCAGCAUGUCUUUUCAGAAGCUCUUGGCCUUGGCUAAUGCAGGAGGGAAUAAAGCAGCCAUUGAGAAUGCACUUAUGGAGAAGAAUUGUGUUGGUGGGCAAAUGGAGUUCGGCGCCCCAAGCAGCAGCUCGUGUGGACCCCGUUUUCCUACUCCAAACCAAGGGAAUCAGAGUCAGUACAAUACGUGCUAUGAGAAUUGUAAACCGCGUGGACCCGUCAAAUUGCUUGGAGAAACAUUUAUUGGGGAACUGGCUUUUGCAAACAACCAUCAAACAGAACAUUGUGAACAAAUGGCAUUAAUCAUUGUCCCAGCCAUUUUCAAUAGGUCCCUGCACUAUAAUAAUUAUCGAGCAGGUGCAAGUUCAAUCUCUUCCAGGCCCUCCUUCGAUCUCAAUUCAACACCGAGGAUGGCUGAUGCAGCCUAUGGCAGGACUGUAUCAUUCCAGUUCGAGCCUACAACACCUCACAAAACCAAUAAAGCUGAGUAUCAUCAGCAGAAACCUCCUGUGAUAGAUCUAACCAUGGACGAAGAGCCCACAGUGAAAGAUGCCCGAAACAAGGUGAAAAUGUCGGAGUCUUCUGUGAUAAUUGACCAAUCGUCCUCAGCCGUGUCGACCCUGUUGCAGGAGAACCACAAGCCUGACAAGGGCGGCGGCACAGAUACAGCUGACUUGACCAAAACCCCCCAGCAGAAGCCGAGGAGGAAAAAGCACCGGCCAAAGGUCAUAAUCGAAGGUCAAAAGAAGAAUACCCCGAAAAGCACAAAAAAGCCCACUGCUUCCCAAGAUUCGACAACUGUCAGGAAGUACGUGCGUAGAAAAGGAGUUGCAAAUCCCUUAAGCAGGGAAACUGAUGUGGCCGGACUAAAUGGAAAGGACUCAACUUCCCUGCAAGCUCCAACUGGAAAGAGAAAGUAUGUGAGGAGAAAAGGAGUCACCAAACCCGAAGACGGUGUGGAUAAGGAAACAACAAAAAUAGAAGACUCGAAGGCCUCUCGAAUCACCAGAAGCUCUUGCAGACGAACUCUGAAUUUCAACUCGGACAGCCAGACUAUAGCGGGAAGUUCCUUGCAGUAUCCAUCUUUAAUCUCUGAUAAUGGGGAACCUCGAGUCGACAAUCUCAAUGCACCAGAUCAAUUGGCAACUUUGCAAUGCGGACAAGGAAUGACUAAGAAAGUUGAUGUAACGAGUCAUCGUGAACUCACACAAUCUAUGGAUCGAGUGCAGGAAAAUAACAUGGUAGGAGGAUAUCAUACUGAACCUACCAGAGGGAAAUGUCAAAUAAUAUUCUCAAAUGUAACACAUGAUAAAGAGACAAACACCGUUCAAGCAACAGUGACUCACGACAGUCAAAGUGCACAAAGGAGCCCGAGUGGUUCCUUGUGCAGCAGCACAUGCUUGGCCACAGAAAGACAGGUGAGAAGUCUGAAGAGGCAGACUGUGAGUGCAAGUGGAGAAUCGGAAAUUUCCAAGAGAAACGAGAUGGGGAAAUACAGCGAUUUCAUGCAGGCAUACCUUCCUAUAUUUUCGCAAAAUGUGGAUAAGAAUAAUGCUCCUCCAGGAUUACAUUUCCCGAUAAUUUACAAAAAGAAGAGGACCGAGAAAGGAUAUUGUGUGGGAACGUCCAGCUCGCAGCUUGAAUUACAUACUCUAAGGGAUUCUCGCGUAAAUCAGAUUGCAUCAGUGGCUAAUCAGGGAUUGGCCUGUGGGCCAUGUGGUAUUGCUAAUCUGCUGGGGACUAAUCCUCCUGCAAAUGAUGCAAUUCAGACAGGACGGAAAAUUUACGAAGAUCUCUUGGCUUUGGGGCCUACAGAGAGGAUUAGGAAAAAGAGAUCCAAGGGCUCAACUCGACUGCGGGAUUUGGCCUCACUGCUGGAAAUUUGUAGACAACUGCCACCAUCUCCAAGCCAGGCGGCAGCAGCAGCACUACCAUCCAGAAUGAAACAAAAGGUAGAAAUUCUACAUGAACCACCGACAUGUAUGGAAGCCCUUGUGGCUGAGACCCGGACAGUAAUGAAAACAAAGAAGCGUACAAAGAGAAGCCUGCUUGCAAAUUCAACGGUGCAGAAUUUCUACAACCAGCAAAAGUCUGCUGCCAUACCAAUGGGACCACCACUUGCUCUGACGUGGAGAACAAUAUCACCUGUUGAUUCAAUCAUGGAGCAACUAAACCAGUUGGAUCUAAAUGCGACAAACGAAAAAUCAGAAGAAAAGCGGAAUGCAUUUAUUGCAUAUCACUCACAUUACCAGGAGCAACGUGCCCUUGUUCCGUUUCAAAGAAGUGGGGCGCUCAUCCCUUUUGAUGGAUCAUUUGAUGAGGUUAGAAGAAGGCGGCCACGUCCUAAAGUUAACCUUGAUGAUGAGACAACUAGAGUGUGGAAAUUACUGUUAGAAAAUAUCAAUAGUGAAGGCAUUGACGGAACAGAUGAGGAAAAGACGAAAUGGUGGGAAGAGGAACGUAGAGUAUUCAAUGGAAGAGCAGAGUCAUUUAUCGCACGCAUGCAUCUUGUGCAAGAAACGAAAUCAAUUGUGGCAGAACAUGUAAGUUAUGGGCAAGGGCAACCAAAAACUGAACCUAGAUUGAAUAUCAAUAAACAAACUGUUGCGUACAACAAUUGUCUCAUGAAGCCAUGCCUUACAGGGGACAGACGCUUCUCACCAUGGAAAGGAUCAGUCGUUGACUCUGUAGUUGGUGUUUUUCUAACUCAGAAUGUCUCAGAUCAUCUUUCCAGCUCGGCCUUCAUGUCGGUUGCUGCGAGAUUCCCGCUCAAGUCACAAGCUGUAUCUGUAGAAUUACAUGAAGAGAAACGAGGGACUGAACAGAUCUGUGAGUUGGAUCGUGAUGGGUCAAUUGGAUUGGGCGAUGACAUUAUAAGCAAAUCCGUCUAUGGUGAUAGGCAUCAAGUGUUCGAAGGUGAUAGCACUAGAGAAGCGAACAGUGUCGAUGAGUUUUUCCUAAAGGGAAAGUUAGAAGGCCAAUCACCUGAUACAUCUAAACAUGAUACAGUUGUGUCCAGUGAAAUUGCUGCAAAUAAGUCAAUAAGCUUGAUUGAGGAUGGAAAGGAUGCAGAAGACGCAAUUUCUUCUCAGAACUCUUCCAAUUCCCCAACAGCACAAAUGACUGAAAGAAGUGAUACUUGCUUACUGAGCACCUCAGGAGAACCAAAAGCUUGCGUUGAGCCAAGUGGGUUUGACAGCUCUACUUCAGUCAUAAAGCUUCUAGAGAUGGCUGGCACUGUAUUACAUGAAAAAUAUGAAGAAGACGGUGAAAACAUAAACUCUGAUGUCAAUCAUCGGCAUUGCCAAUUGGGAAGUUUGGCUCUUGACUUGCAGAAUGAAGCCCAUUUGGACAAGCCUACGUACCCAUCUGACACAAUUUCACCGAGUAGUAAGUCUACUUUGAGUGAUGUGCCCAAUGCUGGAUCACAAUCAACAGUAUCAGACUUAUGUAAAGAAAAUAGCCAGUUCUUCGACAGUUCUACCAACAGAGACAUAUGUUUUGGAGAUAUAAGUGAACGAUCUUCAGAAUCUGCAUUUGGAACUGUAUUUCAGAAGGUCGCAGAUGUUUGUUCCAAAGGUGAAACAAAACUUUCAAGUACAAAUGCUACUUCAGCUAACAAUGACCGAGGUGUGAUAAAUCAGAAAACAUUUGAGAAUCAAAACGGUCAAGUACUACCACAGAGUUUGUGUGAGGAAAUAUAUAAUAUGCAGGAGGUUCCAAAAGGUCCAAUCUAUCAACAAAAUUUAACGGACAUUACAGGUAGCAAUAGCAACGCAUAUAAUUUAAAAUAUCCAGAGCACAUAGAAGUCAACUCAAAUAAGAAGGAUUCUGAAAAUCAUCGUGGCAAGACGGAUGAAGGACCUAAAGAAAAGGGAGGAAGACCCAGAAAAGAAAAAGAGCCCAAGGUUAAUUGGGAUCACUUGAGAAAACAGGCAGAUGCAGGUGGCAAAGUAAGAGCAAGAACAGCCAAUACGAUGGACUCGGUGGACUGGGAUGCUGUAAGAUGUGCAGAUGUCAACGAGAUUGCAGAGACCAUCAAAGAAAGGGGAAUGAACAAUAUGCUAGCAGAGAGAAUUAAGGACUUUCUCAACCGCCUUGUCAGAGAUCAUGGAAGCAUCGAUCUGGAGUGGCUUAGGGACGUUCCACCAGACAAAGCAAAAGAAUAUCUGUUGAGCUUUAGGGGUUUGGGUUUAAAAAGCGUAGAAUGUGUCCGGCUUUUGACGCUGCAUCACCUCGCGUUUCCGGUUGACACCAAUGUCGGUCGUAUAGCUGUACGACUAGGGUGGGUACCUCUUCAGCCGCUGCCCGAGUCACUUCAGCUACAUUUACUAGAACUGUACCCAGUAUUAGAGUCAAUUCAGAAAUAUUUGUGGCCUAGACUCUGCAAACUUGAUCAAAGAACACUGUAUGAGCUGCAUUAUCAAAUGAUCACAUUUGGAAAGGUGUUUUGCACAAAGAGCAAACCAAAUUGCAAUGCAUGUCCAAUGAGGGGGGAAUGCAGACAUUUUGCCAGUGCAUUUGCCAGCGCAAGACUUUCACUCCCAGCACCAGAAGAUAAAAGCAUUGUGAGCGCAACAGAAACUAGAACAGCUGAUCAAAAUCCAAUGAGAAGUAUGAAUACCUUGCCGUUGCCUUCACCUGAAGCCAAUCAAUUGAGUACAAGAUCUGGAGCUAACAAUUCUCAGCCCAUCAUUGAAGAGCCACCUUCACCAGAGCCUAUCAUUGACGUGCCAGCCACACCAGAACAAGAUUAUACACAAGUUCCACAAUGUGAUAUUGAAAAUGCUUUUAAUGAAGAUCCUGAUGAAAUUCCUACUAUUCAACUCAAUAUGGAAGAGUUCACGCACAAUUUGCAGAAGAUCAUGGAGCAAAAUAUGGAAUUACAGGAGGGCAAUAUGUCAAAGGCCUUAGUUGCUUUAACUUCUGCAGCUGCUUCAAUCCCUGUGCCUAAACUUAAAAAUGUGAGCCGGCUCAGAACAGAGCAUCAAGUCUAUGAGCUGCCAGAUUCACAUCCUCUUCUAGAAGGGAUGGAUAAACGAGAACCAGAUGAUCCUUGCCCUUACCUACUUGCUAUAUGGACCCCAGGUGAAACAGCAAAUUCUAUUGAACCGCCUGAAAGACGGUGCAGCUCCAAAGAGUUCGGCAAGCUAUGCACAGAUGAAGGCUGUUCAUCAUGCAACAGCAUACGAGAAGCAGACUCUCAAACUGUUCGGGGGACUCUUCUGAUCCCAUGCAGAACGGCAAUGAGAGGAAGCUUUCCACUAAAUGGCACAUAUUUUCAAGUUAAUGAGGUGUUUUCUGACCAUGAAAGUAGCCAGUCCCCAAUAGCUGUUCCAAGAGAGUGGCUAUGGAACUUGCCACGGAGAAUAGUGUAUUUUGGGACAUCAAUACCAACCAUUUUUAAAGGACUGACAACCGAAGGGAUUCAAUACUGCUUUUGGAGAGGGUUCGUUUGUGUAAGAGGCUUUGACAGGAAAACAAGGGCACCACGUCCCCUCAUCGCCAGAUUGCACUUUCCAGCUAGCAGAUUAUUAAGCAAAGGGAAAGGGAAGAUGGAUGAGAACUAGACAAGACUGCACUUAGUUUAAACAAUGGCUAAACUGUGAAUAAUUUAGCAACAGCAGGAAAUUGACAGCGCUUGCUUGUAUCAUGUGAACUAGACUCGAGGGUGAACUAGUUAGACAUCAUUACAUCUCGUCAGCAGAGAGAAUAAUUGGUACUAGAUAACUGUGGAACGGUUUAGGAAAGGGCAGUGUUUUCUAAUUUGUUGUUUACUUGUGAAAUGAUUAAUUUAUGCUAUCAAGGUACUCUUUUUUUUUUAA